AAAAUAUGUAAAAAUAAACCCCAAAUUAAUUUGACAGCUUGGAGGAAUCAAAAUUAUUGUAAGUAAUAACAAACAAAAAUAAUGAGUAGAUGUGACAUUAAAUUAUAUAUCCACCACUCAUCAUCUAAUUCCAAAAUAUGAAAUAAUCCUUGUCAAAACAUAUACCACACAGAUUCCCAACUGCCCAUCUGAAUCUUCUUCCUCUGUUUCUGAUCAAUCAUGCUCACCACCAAGUGUCUGAGCCUCCACCCCCACCACCACCACCACCCCAAACCCAAGAUCUUCUCUACCCUGAAAACAAAGCCUUAUUACAACUCUACCCUUCCCCAAAACAAAUGCAACAGAUUCUCCCCAUUUGCGAUGACGUCAUCAUCAUCAUCAUCUGGCGGGGACCACCACCACCACCACCAAUCUCUGUUCUUCGAACCCGACCCGACCCUAACCAACGACGAUCUCAAGCCGACCACGUCCGAUCAGCGCACCUUCACCGGCCUAGAAAUGGCCAGUUUGUGGGUGGGGCUAGUCGUCGGAGUUCCGACGUACUACCUCGCCGGAAGCUUGGUCGACCUCGGAAUGGCGUGGUGGCAAGGAAUCGCCACCGUCGUCGCCGCCAACGUCAUCCUCUUAUUCCCGUUAGUCCUCACCGGCCACCCGGGCACCAAAUACGGAAUCUCCUUCCCGGUUCUGGCCAGAUCCUCCUUCGGAAUACGUGGGGCCCACAUCCCGACCCUCCUCCGGGCACUCGUCGGCUGCGGCUGGUACGGAAUCGAGACUUGGAUCGGCGGCGAGGCGAUUUUCCUCCUCCUACCGGAAACAGUCAAACAGUCAACGCUCGCGAAACCCUUGCCCUGGCUCGGAACCUCACCCGUGGAAUUCGCCUGCUUCAUCGUGUUCUGGUCGGCGCAGCUGGGGAUCGUGUGGCGGGGGAUCGACGGAAUCCGCGAGCUCGAAAAAUACUCCGCCCCGAUCCUAAUCCUCCUCACCUGUUGCCUUCUUACCUGGUCGUACGUAAACGCCGGCGGAUUCGGACACAUGCUCUCUCUCUCUUCGUCGCUCUCGAACUCGGAGUUCUGGUCCCUCUUCUUCCCUUCGUUGACCGCCAACAUUAGCUUCUGGGCCACACUCGCGCUCAACAUCCCUGAUUUCACGCGCUACGCCAAAACCCAAAAGGAUCAAAUCAUCGGCCAAGCCGGCCUCCCUAUAUUUAUGGGCGCGUUCACUUUCGUCGGCUUGGCCGUAACUUCUUCCACCAAAGUGAUCUUCGGGACUUUGAUCUCGAACCCGAUUCAACUCCUUGGCGCGAUCGGAGGAGUUUGGACAAAGAUUUUGGCCAUCGUUGGCAUAAGCCUCGCCACCAUAACCACCAACAUUGCCGCCAAUGUGGUUGCUCCGGCGAACGCGCUGGUCAAUCUCAGCCCGUCCAAGUUCACGUUCCGUAAGGGGGCGAUGCUGACGGCGUUGCUCGGGAUCGCGUUUCAGCCGUGGAGGCUUCUCCAGUCGAGCGAGAGCUUCGUGUACACGUGGCUCGUGGGGUACUCUGCUUUGAUGGGGCCGAUUGGGGGGAUUAUUUUGGUGGAUUAUUACUUGAUUAGAAAUGCGGAUUUGAGUGUUCGGGAUUUGUACACUUUGAGUCCGAAAGGGGCUUACUAUUACUCCGGUGGGUACAAUUUGGCGGCAGUGGCGGCAUUGAUCGUGGGGAUUUUGCCGGUGGUUCCGGGUUUCUUGAAUAAGGUUGGGGUUUUGGGUUCGGUCGGUGGCGUGUUUACCGUAAUUUACAACAAUGCCUGGUUCAUUAGCUUCUUCUCGUCCGGGAUUUUUUACUGGAUGAUUUCGUCUGUUAAAAGAAAUCGGGACAAUCAACAGCAAAUGGAACCCUUGCUACCUCAAUCUUAGUUCUUUUUACCAUGUUUGUUUUCACCUUUUUUUAUUUUGUAAUAUAUGUACAUCUUUUAUGUGGUUAAAAUGAUCUCGAGCUUUGUUUAGCUGAUCGAGCUCACGAACCAGCUCAGCUUAUUCACACACCUCUAAGUUCGACUAUGGUUUUUUAGUAGUCAACUAGUAGUUGUCAAUCAAUAUUUUAGUUACUGGUCUAUAUUUUUUAAGUAGUCCAUAUGAAGUUUUU